AUGGGUCUUGAGGAUGGAAACGCUGAAUACGACGUGGUCAUCGUGGGCGGCGGCCCGGUUGGUCUUCUCAUGGCAUACCAGCUGCGACGCUUCGGUGUCACUGCCUGCGUCAUGGAACAGCACGACAAGGAAACGCAAGAUGCAUACGGUCGCGCAAUCGCUCUGUUUCCACGAACGACCGAGCAGCUAGAUCAGCUUGGGCUGAUUGAGCCGAUGCUCCAGCUUGGGUUCGCCUGCCGGAGCAGUGUGACUUACAAGGAUGGCGAGAGAGUGGUCCCUGGAAGAGUCUGGACGUUCAUGGAAAACAUCAAAGACACUGCCUACGACUUCACGCUGGUGCUCCGCCAGAUGUACACGGAAGAGAUAUUCCGUGGGAAGCUAGAGUCACUGGGUGGCUCGUACUACCAGACGAUGCAAUGCAUCGACUUCAAGGUCGACGAGUCUGCGCCGUUCAACUCUCAUGCAGUUACAAGCACAUUUGUGGACAAGAGGACCGGGAAGAGGUUCCAGUUGAAGAGCAAAUAUCUGAUCGGCGCAGAUGGCGGUCGCAGUUUUGUUCGGAGACACGCAGACAUCCCCUUUGAGGGCGACACCUCAGAAGACCAGUGGAUUCGCAUCGACGGCAUCGUCGAGACGGACAUGCCGCUGAGACGGUCGUACGGCGCCAUUGAGAGCAAGACUCACGGCAAUAUCCUCUGGGCGCCGCUCGACCACGGCGCGACUCGUAUCGGAUAUGCCUACACCGCCGAGAUCGCCGCCAAGUAUCCGGACGGUGUGACGCGCGAGGUUGCCGAGAAGGAGGCCAUCGAGGCGAUGAAGCCCUUCCACGUCAAGUUCAAGGAGAUUCACUGGUGGACGCUGUACACCAUUGGCCAGCGCGUGGCAAAGUCCUUUGCUGCAAAGAGCGAACGUGUCUUCCUCUGCGGCGACGCCGCGCACACGCACAGCAGCGGCGCCGCGCAGGGCCUCAACACGGGCAUCCACGACGCCGUCAACCUCGGCUGGAAGCUGGCCCUGCAGAUCCGGGGCCUCACUCGGCGCUGCGUGCUCGACACGUACUCCCCCGAGCGCAUGUCGGCGGUGCAGCGGCUGAUCGACUACGACCGGGACAUUGCGACGCUCAUGUCGUGCAAGUGGCCGGCGUGGUAUGACGGUGACCGGAGCGCGGAUCCGCACCUGCUGCUGGGCGACAUCUUUAACGAGGCGGCGUCGUUCAACACCGGCCUGGGCAUCGCCUACGCGGCCAACGCGGUCAACCAGACCGGGGGCGGACUGGUCAAGCUCACGGUCGGGCCGGGGAGCAGGCCGCCGGAUGUCCAGCUCCGCACGCCAGGGACUGGUCAGACGGUGCGCCUGCAGCAGGUCACCAAGAACGUCGGCAAGUUCUUCGUGGUCGUUUGCAUAGGAGACGUGACCGUUACGAGGCCUCGGCUGCUCGACCUGCGCGAGGCCUUUGCGAGCGGCCCUCUGCGGAACCACGAGGCCGUCUCGUGGCUGACGAUCAGUCCCGCGGUCGGCUGCUCGCCUUACGAGGCUAUUGACAUGAGGCCCUUUGGCAACAUGUUCUACGAUCCGGAGAGUGAGGCACAUGAGAGGCUCGGCGUAGAGGUGGGCGAGGGCGCGGUGCUGAUCCUGAGGCCGGAUGGAUUGCUGGGUGCGGCCGGGCCAAUCGACGGCGGCGCUUGGAUCAAGGGAUACUUUGCUGGGCUGCUGAACUUGAAGGAGACGGAGGCGAGUCGACCGGCAUCGGACUCGGGGAUCAGUGUUUAG